UGUGUGCUUGUGCUGUGUUAAUUUCUCGAACCGUAGGUAAUCAUCACCAGGUAGCAGUUAAGAAAACGAUGAAUCCUUGAAAAAAAUAUAAAACUCGGCGCUUUGAAAAAUAUCAGCCUAACCAGUGGCUAGAAGUCGCAGUGAGUGAGUGCAUUGAUCAACCGCAAACAUAAAACGUUUGUAAAAUGGCAAACUGCCUACGGAAAAGUAUUUGUUCACCUUUCGUCCCUACGAUCGGUCGCAUUUUCAACAGCCACCGCACGGUUGCGUCAGCAGUGCUGACGACCGACAAUCGUCGGCCCGUUCCGGUGAUUCCGGUAUUAAAAUCACCAAACUUAACCACUCAACCAGCGCCGCUAGCUUUCCAGUUGUACUGCAGCCCAGAGGCAUCAAGAAUCGCAUUGGCAGAUCGGGUUCAGAUGUGCCAAAGCGAUCAAAAGGAAGCCGCUUCUCAGCCGUCGGAUGGCGGUGGACCAUCGGAAGAGCAGUUACAGCGGGUGUUCGAUGUGCUUGCCAAUACCCUGCCAAAGCUGUUCAUUCAACCGCUGGACUACUCCAUUUAUAAUCCCAAAGUAAUUUUCGAGAAUAAUAUACGAGGCAUGCGGACAGAAGGAUUGUACCCUUACGUUAAGCAGGUUGCCUUGUUGCGAACGGUUGGACACCUGAAGUACGCCUAUGUCACGCUCGAGGUACUAAAAAUCACCAAACACCCGGAGGACAACACGAUCAAGGUGCGCUGGCGGAUAAAGGGUCUCAGCGCGUUUAAGGUCAUGUUUCAGUUUUGGAAGUAUAAACUGUGGAAGUUGAAAGAGGUUUUCGAGAGCACGGAAGCGUGGUACGAUGGCUUUUCGGUAUUUCAUGUUGGCCCUGACGGGCAGGUGUGGAAACACGUUGCGGAUAAGAUGAUGCCGGAUGACGAUAAGGUGGUGGUUUCACCGAAGACUGUGAUUUCGCCUAAAUUGGCUCUGUUUGUGGGUCUAACGGUCGAGAUUAGUCCAAUCGUGGGUUGCGUUAAUUGAGGAUGCGUGGCUUCCUGCGGCUAGUUUGUAUUAUAGUUUGUUCUGACCGAUUUUCAGUCACGCUAUUGUUACGAGCUUGUGUGCACCUUCUUUACUUAAGGUUAGUUUAACGACGAAACAGAUGAAUCAAUCGAAGAUUGAUUGCUUCAACUUCAACCGAGCUUGAGAGGAGUGAUAAAUGAUAUCAGUACAUUUUGCAUUCGAGAUGCAAGUUUGAAUAUACUCGGAACUGCGAAAUAGUUUCGUUUUAAUAUUUUAUGCCAUCCGCCCAUUGAUCACGUUGCAAUA